AGAGAAACCCACAGCAAGAGCUGAAACCCCUGAACUCAUGUAGCCGGAGCGCCGCGGACCCGCAGUGCUCAAGCAAGGCGCUUCCCCCGCGGCAGCUCCCACCGGCCCACGCCGGGUCUAUGGGAGCCGGGGCCGGCCUUAUUAGGCGUUGCGGGAAGAGGCUACGGAGCCGCUCCCGCCCCGCCGGGGAGCGCCGCCCCCUCCGGCUGCGCCGCGCACGCCGGGACCGGCCCAGCCCUGCCGAUCUCCGGUGUUGCUGCUGCUGCUGCCGCCGCCGCCGCUGCCGCUGUUGCUGACCGGGCCCCGGCCCUGCCGGCAAGAUGCAGGACCCAGAUAAAGACACGGAGUGGAAUGACAUCCUGCGCAAGAAAGGUAUCCUUCCUCCAAAGGAAAACCUGGAGGAACGGGAGCGUGCAGAGGAAGAGGAGCAGCUUGCUAUCCUUCAGAAGUCUCUUGUGAAAACUUACGAGGACAUGACUCUGGAAGAGCUAGAAGAGAAUGAAGAUGAAUUUAAUGAGGAAGAUGAGAGAGCUAUUGAAAUGUACAGGCAGCAGAGGUUAGCAGAAAUGAAAGCAGCACAAAUGAAGAAUAAAUUUGGGGAAGUUUUGGAGAUUUCGGGAAAAGAUUACAUUCAAGAAGUUACAAAAGCUGGAAAAGAUGUAUGGGUAGUCCUGCACCUCUAUAAACAAGGAAUUCCACUCUGUGCCUUAAUAAAUCAACAUAUGAGCGGGCUUGCAAGAAAGUUCAGAGAUGUGAAAUUCAUCAAAGCUAUCUCUACCACCUGCAUUCCCAACUACCCCGAUAAGAACCUGCCUACGAUAUUUGUCUACUUGGAGGGAGACAUCAAAGCUCAGUUCAUUGGGCCUUUGGUGUUCGGUGGCAUGAACCUGACAAAGGACGAAUUGGAGUGGAAGAUUUCAGAGUCAGGUGCCAUCAAGACUGACCUUGAGGAGAACCCCAAGCAGCAGAUCCAGGACCAGCUUAUGUCCUCAAUCAGAGCGCGUGUCCCAGCCAGGGGCGACAGUGACUCAGAGGAUGACUAACUUGUGCGGCAGCAUCAGGAUUGAUACAGUACUCUUGAAGCCAGUGUUCCCACCUGGAGCACUGGAGAUACUCAUGAAGAUCUCACUAAGCCCCAGAAGAGUAGUAUUUUAAGACAAACAUUUAUCUAGAAACUAAAAAAGUUUUGGUUUGGGUGUUUUUGGGUGGUUUUUUUUUUUUGUUUGUUUUUUUUAAAAAGACCAACUUAACUGCAGAUUCACUUAAGAUCGUGAAAGACAUUUUAUAUUAAGAAGCCUAAGUAAAUCUGACUCAAAGUUUUAAAAUACGCACUUCAGUAUAAACAGGUCUCAUUAUUUUCUUAGUAAAUUGCUGAUUUCAGGAAAAAUAAAAAGGGAAAUAUAAGCUGGUCUUAAACAAUUGGUUAUACCACUUAGUUCGGCCUUGGCUUGGCUUGUCAUGUGUGUAUGUUCGGCAGCCUGGACUCUGUGGAGAGCUAGGGAAGGUGACCCAGGGUGUGGGUGCCACUGAAGGUGGCAUGUGGUCCUUUGCAGAGGUGUGCUGUCAGGGGAGCCAGCACAAGGCCAUGAACUGGAAGCCCAGACAUCUUGAGAGAGACCUUAGUGAUGGCCAGCAUCUCCCAGGACUUGCUGAGUCCAGAACUCCCUUUCAUUUAGCAGUGGUAUUUUGCCUUUAAAAGGGGCUGAGUUUCCUGGACCAUCUUAUCUGCUAAUUGGGGAAAAAAAAAAAAAUCCAAGAUAGUAGUGCUCGAGUGAAACUGCUGACUUCUUCCACAAAUCAGGAGUCCGAUGCGUUACUAGUGUAGUGCCAUUGUCAAAUGGCAGAGAAAAUUAUGUUUGAACACCUGAUGUCUUUCUGUAUUAAAGCCUUCCAUCUUCUAGGUAAUUAUAAUUGAAGCCUUAGAAGAGAAUGAACUGAAAUACCACCUUAAUUAUAGAUCUGCUGGCACUCAGAGCUGCUUGCUUAUUUUGGGUUGGAUUUAAUGUCUACCUACACUCUCAGUUUGUCUACACUCAGGCUAAUAAGCUCCAAGAGCUUUUGCUAACAAGGCUGCCCUAAGGACACUGAGUUACACUGCUGAUGGAUUCUGUAGGUGGAUGGUAUAGAAUGUAACAAUAAGCAAUUUUUUAAUAGUUUUGUAUAAGUUCAUAGCGACUUUGAAGCAUAUUUCCUGCGCUCUGUCUUCCCAGUCAAAUCAGUGUGUAGUUCGAACAACAAAUAGCUGUGUUCAUUCAGUUUCAGGUGAAGUUGUAAAAUCCUGACGGAGAGCUUCCUCUUUGAGAUGUGAAAGGUGUUUUGAAUGACUUAAGUCUGCUUUUUUUGGCCUUUUUGCUUUUUGGGUUUUUUUUUUUUGACAAAAUAUUAACAUUGUACAAGUAAGCCAAAUGUAGCAGGAUACAAGCUGCUAAAUCCUGAACACUAUUGUACAUAGCACCAUACGUCUCGUGACACUGGACUGUCCAAAAUGCUAUCAGACCUAAUGCUUUUCUGUACUUAUAACUUCUUACAAUCUGGGAAGAAGACAGCUCUGUCUCCCCGUAGAAGCAUGCAUUUGCUUAUUUUGUUUAUCUUUUGGCUGUCCUCAUUUAACUGUGCUUUGGUGACCUCUGAGCAUGUGGACUGGAUUUCUUUUGGAGGAAACUAUCUAGAAGACCCCCAGCCCCUCACCCCAAAGGUAAAGUCAGUCCCAGAAGCUAGGUUAGCUUAUAUUCAGCUUAUUUCAGCUAACCUGAAAUAAGGCCCUAUGAAAUGUGUGUAGAGUGAAUGUCACACCCUCAGCCUUUCCCUCCAGACCUGCUGCAGUUGAGCUGUCUAUAUUGCUGAUGCAGACACAGCUGCCAUACUCUUCUCAACUUGUUUUUAAUUUAAAAUUUAUCAAACCGUCUAGGGAGGGGAAGUGGGAUCUGCAAUCCAUCUUGUACCAUACUGUGACAACUUCAGUUUGAAAUCCAAUUUUAAAAGUAGGCAAUGCUUUGGAUACAUAUUUGUUUUUUUGGUUUUUUUUUUUUUUCCUUCUACUACUCCUAGUUCUAUUGUCUCCCACUUCAGCGCCUCUAUGGAGGCAGAGUAGCAGUGACAUUGCAGCUGCCCUUUCACUGUCUUCCAGACCACUGGUAAUUCAUGGACCACAGCAGGAGAGGAGUUCAAAGCAGGAUGAGCACUGCAUUUGGAUGGGGUUUGUGUGGGAUCUGAUCUUGGAAACAUCUAGGGAUGAACACUCCUCAAGUUGUCCCCAUGCUUGACGGGCUCUGGAGCAGCCCUCUGUUCUUUGCAUUUUGCACAGGACAGCACAGGCAGCAAGACUUUGAGCUAGAAUAACUACAGAGGAGGCUGUUGUCCUGAGCUUGAUCCAAAGCUGCUUGUUCAAUCAGGAGAACUGGUGUUUCUCAGACAGACAUCCUUAGGAUACUAAACGUAGAUCUAAUAGAGCUAAUCAACAGAGACAGCUGAAGGAUAGAGUGCAUCUUGUGACCAGACUGUACUGGCUUGCAAGGACCUUAGCUGGUGGCUCCCAGCUUAGAUUAUGUGGCCUGAAUGCCCUUCUGGAAGGGGAAUGCUGAAGGCCUCUACUCUGCAAGUCUUCCUCAAAAGCUUCCUGUUUGCUCCUAUCCACGCUGGCAGUGUGGAUAGGAUUCUUGUUCCUUAAUACGUAAAGUAAGCUAUCUUAGGUGGGAUGGUGUCCCCUCAACCAGAAGUGCCUGGUGAAUGAAGCACUGCUUUGGUGCAGGCUUGAGCCCCUCAGGCAAAAGUAAGAAUUAAACUGAAUUGCUGAUGUUUUUGGCAUGUGGUGUGAUAAACCCUUGGAUAAAUAAGAGUGGAAAGUGGGAUUUUGAGCUCUUUCCAUCAGAGUCUUCCCUUCCAGCAGGGUCUUAAAAGAAAACCGUAGCUGCCUUCCCCUUUUGUAUGGAAUCUAAGGGAUUUUGUGGUCUCUAGGCCCACCAAGAGGACUGAGCUCCUGAAGAGGACCAUGGCUGCAUAUGGGUAUCCUGUUCCCCCAAGCUGCUCAGCUGCAGUGAGCUGGGUACCCUGAGUCCAUGAAUGAUGCUUAUGGCUCCCCCAGGUAGAAGUUAUGUCUUUCCUCUACAAGAAGCAAACCUGGCCUGCUUGGGAGAUUUACCAAGGAGACUAGGCAGGCAAGGGUAAGAUUAUCUCUUCUUCUAGCCUACUUCCUGCUGUUGGGUCUACAGUCUUGCCAUUUCAUAGGUGGCAUUGAGCAAUGUGUAACAAUUCGGGAAAAAUAGAGACAGUUUCAUCAUCGAAUCGUAGAAUGGUUUGGGUUGGAAGGGACCUUAGAGAUCAUGUAGUUCCAGCCCCACUGCUAUCAGCAGGGACACUUUCCACUAGACCAGGUUGCUCCAAGCCCCAUCCAACCUGGCCUUGAACACUGCCAGAUAUGGGGCAGACACAACCUCUCUGGGUAACCUGUUCCAAUGUCUCACCGCCCGCAUGGUUUGACUUGUACUAGCUACUUAAUGUGUUAACAUGUCGUGGGAUGCCAUGCUGAAAGGGGCUGAUACAAGAAUAAUCAUGAACCAGAAAAGGAUGAAUGUACUGCCCAGCUGCUGAGACCCAUGCGGAGCAUCAUUUCAAAUGGUGUCUGUUCUUAUCAGUAUUUGGCUAAAUGUGGAAACAGCUUCUUGCAAUCUUUUCUUUCCUGCCAAUCAUAUUGCCCCGCUUAAGGCCUUUUCUAGAAAUUAGGUCUCUGCAGGAAAUGGAUAAUGAGAUCUGUUUAACCUUUUGGCAGGGCAGAAGCUAUGGAAGCAUGCAGUUGAGAGGAAUGAGCCUUAGCUUAAAAGGAAGCCAGCUGCUAAAUAGCAAACCAAAACAGCCAAUUAAUAUACAUAGUAGAAUGAGGCAAUAUAAUAGGAGAAAAUAAUUGGAGAGUGUGAAUUCUCAUUUGCCAAGAUUUGGGGUGCUUUUGCUAAAUGCACUAGUAAUAUUUUUGCAGCUGGUCAACAGUUAAUGUCAGAUCAGUGCUCGCUUCUCACUGGUAUGAGAAGGGUCUUUCUGUCAGCUAUCAUGGGAGAAGACAGAGGCAGAGAUCCUGUAAACGGUGCCGAGGGUUGUGUGAGUUACUGUCCUGCAUACCACUAUGAAAGCAUCUCUGACUCAUCCCACCCUGCAGCGGUGCCAGCAGGUGUAUGUGUGUGUGUGAGAAGUAAUCCUGAGCCAUAGGCAGGGGCAGAUGAUCUGCCAUUCACAGUCAUUCUGAAGGGUUUUUGUGUGAAAUGUAAGUGAACCACUAGUAAUAAAAAAGUUUUUCUUCAUGGUA